UUCCUUCGUUCCCAGCUAACAACUACCCAUCGGCCAUCACUACCCCACCAAACAACCCAACGUUAUAUCAUUGAAUUGAAAUCAUUUCUUCAAAACUUUAUUUUCAAACUGUUACAUUUUCUCCCACUUUCUCUUCUCUUUUCUCGAGAAAAUUCUGCUUUCACUUAAAAACUCCAAUUGCUUCGCCCGUAGCGAACUCUUACGAACACCGACUUCGUUUCGCUAGUUGCUGAAGUUUGAUUGGAACUUGGCUAAACGAACGGGAUUCUCGUUAAUUCCAUGGAGAAGAACGAGGUAUUCACAUCGGAAUCCAUCGAUGGAAGCCGCGAUGUUUGGAGUUCCAAAUCCUCCGAUUCUUCCUCCGCUGACCAUCUCGUUGUCAUGGUCAAUGGAAUUCUCGGAAAUGCAACGGAUUGGAAGUUUGCGUCAGAGCAAUUUGUUAAAGAGCUUCCUGAUAAGGUUUUUGUUCACUGUAGUGAACGAAAUGUGUCUACGCUGACACUAGAUGGAGUGGACAUAAUGGGGGAGCGAUUGGCAGAGGAGGUCCUUGAGGUGAUUCGUAGAAAGCCAAAUAUGCGUAGAAUCUCCUUUAUUGCACACUCAGUUGGAGGAUUAGUGGCACGAUAUGCUAUUGGGAGGCUAUAUAGGCCACCUGAAAAAGAACCUGUGCAGGACUUAAUCAAUAAAGGUAAGGUGGACUCGAUAGGUACAAUAUGCGGCUUGGAGGCAACAAAUUUCAUAACUGUUGCUACACCUCAUCUAGGGUCAAGGGGUAAUAAGCAGGUUCCAUUUCUUUUUGGGGUAACUGCAUUUGAGAAAGUUGCAAGCUAUGUUAUUCAUUGGAUUUUUAGAAGAACAGGUCGACAUCUUUUCCUUACCGAUGAUGAUGAGGGAAAACCUCCAUUGCUUAGACGCAUGGUUGAAGACUAUGAUGAAUGUUAUUUCAUGUCUGCAUUGCGUACUUUCAAACGCCGGGUUUUAUAUUCAAAUGUGCACCAUGACCAUAUUGUUGGCUGGAGAACAUCAUCUAUUAGACGUGAUAAUGAACUUCCAAAGUGGGAGGAUAUCCUCAAUGAAAAAUAUCCACAUGUUGUAUAUGAAGAGCGCUGCAAGGCUUGUGAUGCUGAGCAGUGUGACAUAACAGAAGAGAGCGGCUCUGAUAAGAUAGAAGAGGAGCUGGUAACAGGUUUGUCUUGUGUGUCAUGGGAAAAAGUAGAUGUUAGCUUCCACAGUAGCAGACAGAGAUUUGCUGCUCAUAGUGUCAUUCAGGUCAAAGACCAAAUCUCACAUAUAGAAGGUGCAGAUGUUAUACAACAUAUGAUUGACCAUUUUCUUACAUAGAAGUUGUCCGUCUUCAGAGUUGUAUAUAUACCGCUUAGCAAUAUAAGCUUUGCAUAGGAUGGAAACAACUGGUUUCCGAGGAACCAAAUUCUCCAUUAGUUGAGGUGAAGAGUUGUAAUUUUGUUUGUCAUCAUGAAUCUCAUGAUCCUUGACAAUGUAUUAUGAUGUAUCAUGUAUGUGUAUGAUAAGUAGAUCGGAAGUUUUUAUUCUUCAAUGAAAGUAUUUGAAUCAGCAAGUUAUUAUUGA